AUGGCGUGCCUGGGCAAAUAUCCUGACUUUGUGACCCUUCCAGAAGGACUGCUGGGAGAUCAUAUCAUUCUGAGGAACCCCAAACCUUCUGGGUUUGAAUUAAUGAUUAUUUGGAAGAUACACAUAGAUAAAGAAGGGAGAACUACGCCUGUUCUGGACCUUCUGACUAAAGUACCGGAACAAGUCUUGGAGCAGAAUAUGGCAACUAUUGAAGAUGCACCUGCCCGCUUCCGAAGCAUGCUGCUUCUGUUUGGGAUCGAGACAGCCAUUGAGAACCUGAUCAAAGUGGUUGGCUUGGAAAAAUGAAUACCAGCAUGACUUACGACAGGUAGCAAUUUCAAAAGUAGUUUUAAUUAA